UUCUUCUCGUGUCUUUUCGAACGGUAUCUUGCUUAUUUAAAGUAAUAAUUCAUAAAUACUUACAUUAAUUAUUACUUAUAAUAAUUUUAAAAUACGGUAUUAUAAUAACAAUGCCCGUGCCUAAUAGAGCAGGAUUAAAUAUAGUGAAGUUGGACGUUAAAGAUGUGAGGUUCCCUACAUCACUAGGAGGCCAUGGUUCCGAUGCUUUGCACACAGACCCAGACUACUCUUGCGCCUACGUGACGAUAACUACUGAGAGCGGCAAGCAGGGUUUUGGCCUGACGUUCACAAGUGGUCGAGGAACCGAGAUCAUCGUGCUAUGUAUCAGAUCCAUGAAGAGGUUCGUCGUCGGCAAGAAUGCUGCAGAUAUCUUUGCAGACUUCGCUACCUUCUGGAGAGCAAUUACUAAUGAUUCGCAGAUGAGAUGGAUUGGACCUGAAAAAGGUGUUGCACACUUAGCGGUGGCGGCCAUUUUGAAUUCGCUAUGGGACCUGUGGGCUAGACUUGAAAACAAACCUGUAUGGCGACUACUCGUCGAUAUGGAACCCGAAGAACUGGUAUCCACAAUAGACUUUCGCUGGAUCACCGACGUGAUCACUAAAGAAGAGGCCAUUCAACUGCUUAAAAGCAAGAAGGCUGGCAAGGAAGGGAGAAUUAAGACUCUUUUGGAAAACGGCUACCCUGCCUAUACUACUCAAGCAGGUUGGUUGGGCUACAGUGACGAAACUCUGAAGAAACUGUGCGAGAAGUACCUAAAACUAGGAUUCACGCAUUUUAAAGUGAAAGUAGGCCUUAACUUUGAAGACGACUACCGACGAUGCAGCGCCGUGCGAAGGUACAUUGGUGAUGAUAAAGUCUUGAUGGUAGACGCAAAUCAAGCGUGGAGCGUGAACGAAGCUAUCGAGUGGAUGAAGAGAUUGGCACCUCUCAAACCAAUGUGGAUUGAAGAACCGACUUCACCUGAUGAUGUUUACGGGCAUGCGGCUAUUUCUAAAGCUUUAGCUCCUUACGGGAUCGGCGUGGCGACGGGUGAGAUGUGCGCCAACCGCGUGAUGUUCAAGCAAUUCCUGCAGAGCGGUGGUAUGCAGUACUGCCAGAUAGACUCUGCCAGGAUCGGCGGCAUCAACGAGAUACUCUCUGUGUAUCUCAUGGCUGAGAAACUUGGAGUGAAAGUAUGCCCGCACGCGGGUGGCGUAGGUCUAUGCGAGAUGGUUCAGCAUCUUCAAUAUUGGGACUACGCGUGUCUCUCCGGCACCAUGGAGGGUCGCCUGGUGGAGUACGUCGACCAACAACAUGAGCACUUCAUUGACCCUUGUGUGGUGGAGAAUGCGCGGUAUCUUGCGCCUAAGCUACCGGGCUACAGCACACAAUUUUUGCCGGGAACGAUUGAAAAAUUUGGUUAUCCGCGUGGCAGCGAGUGGCAACGUAUGUUCAAAGAAGGAGUGUUCCCGCCCCCCGAUGAGGCAGAGACGGUCAACGCGUAAAACAUAAACCUUUAUAUUGUUAAGAAGACAGUUUAUUUUGUAAAAUGUUUACUUAUUUACUAUGUACAACUAACUUAAUCAUGAUAAAUAGUACAAAACGAUCAA